UCCUGAAAUAUAAAGAUUUGCUUUCCUUAGCAACUCCAAUGUCAUCUUACACUGUGGUCAUGGUCCCUCUGAGGAAAAGUCCUACCAGUCUGGAUGCAUUGCGUUUCUUCCUCUGGGUGAAGAAGCUGAAGGACUUAGAGAGGGAAAGGGAUCUUCUUUGGAUGGGAUUGCAGGCUUUAGAGCAGGUGCGAGAGAAGUUAUGUUCCAACCUAGAUAAUGACAUGGAAAUGCAAGACAAAUUCAACGAUGGGGAGAUGAAAAAAGUGUUUCCAGACACCCCCACCCUACUGUUGGCUCAGAUUCACAGAGUGAACAGGACCUUGAGGAAACUAUUGUGUGACUCCAGGAAUCCCACUAUUCCUGCAACAGAAGGUACUGAAGGACACCAGCCCUCUCCUGCCUGUUCAGAAGAAAGUGCUCGGUUUUGAUGUUCUGUAAUGCAUUUUCCUGUAUUUUCUGCUUACAGAAUGUAUUCUGAGUGGAUUGAAAUAUUCAUUUUAUGUGCAAUAAAAGAAACUUCCCAAAACGAAUGGUAUACUACUAGCAGCAGAAUGCUUUAAAUGUUUUAUUCAAGAAUUCAAUGCACUUGACUU